AUGAGCAUCGUAGAAACUCAUCCUGAAGUAGAAAGUAGCAAGUAUGGGGGAUUUAAGCCCAUAAAACUGCUCGCAAUAUUUGCACUCCAUUUAUCCCUUAUAACUUGCAAGCGAAAAUACAAAGCUUCAUCAUCCGAGAGUAUUGAGAACGUCCUUUACUACCAAGAUUGUAAGCACAAGAAGGAUCAACCACCACCCACACAACUGAGAGCGUACGCCCCUCCAUCGACGUCAAAACCACAGGAAUGCAAAAUGUGCUGCAGCAUGUGCUGCGGCGAGGAAUGCCAGCAGAGCAGUUCAUGCAACCAACCGCGGCCACAGAUAAGACAAUUCAAUCAGAUUAAAAAAAUAGAACCAGCCAGACCGAUUCGACCGAGGAUGACGAACCCGUUCUUUGGGAGACGAGACUUUGGAUUGACGAAGGACAAUAUUAAAUCCCUGAUCUCGCAAGAUAUGGAUAUCAGAAAGAUUUUGAAGGAUUUAGUGAGGGUCACGAUGCAGAAGGUGGAUCUGAUGCAGUUGUUGAAUGGGAAGCGGACGACGCAGUCACCAGCGCCUAAGGAUAGCGAGUAUGAAAAUGAUUUGUAA